GCUCAGUUUCUGUUCUUUCAAUGGUCUACCUGAAACAGAAAAAACCGAAGAACCAGAACCAUAUUCCACUGAAUUUGAGCCUGUCAACCAACUGGUCAAGAGAAUGGCCCCUAUGGCUCCUGCUAAAAUACUUAUAGGCAUCUCUCUGGACUCAGAUGACAGUAAGGAGCUUCUUUCAUGGGCAAUCAGAAUUUUAGCUCAUCCAAAGGACACCGUUGUGGCCUUACAUGUUAUCGUAGGCGAGGACAUGAAGAAACCAGAAUUGAUGACAAAAGAUCAAACACGCUUUCGUCGAGCAAAAGCCUUUGUUAUAUCCCUGGUGGGAGAAUUUGCUGAGACCUGCCAGUCUAAGCAGAUAAAUUUGGAGGUUAAGGUUGGAUUUAGCUCUAGUAUUGGGAAAGGUCUAGUUGAGGAAGCAAAGUCUAUUUCAGCUGAAUUUCUUCUUAUUGGCGGCUCAAGGAACGAAUCAAAUAGAAUUUCACGCAAAAAAACAAGAUACUGUUUUGAAAAUGCCCAAGAAGGUUGUGCAGUAAUCUCCAUUGGGAAAUGUGGGCAAACACAAAAGUAUUCAGACUCAAAUUCCACACAUUCUGAAGAAUUUCGCCAAAUAAGUUCAAGAAGGUCGAACAAAGAGGUUGUCUCCGCCGUCCAAAAGCUUGUUACCUCAAAAUCAAAGAGAGAAAAGCCUACACCAAAAGCAGUACUAGAUGGGUCUGAAGGAGAAUCCCACACCACAGAAGAUAGCUUUAGUUUUGGGGAUUCAAGCAUCACAGAGUCCCCUCCUCUAGCUUCCAAGCUUAAAGGCCAAUCCAACUUUAGGAAGCAAUUAUCACCAAUUAAGAUCAUCUCCUCCUUUCUCCUCUCACCCUUUAAUUUAAGUGGAAGAAAAAGGAAUGAACGUUUAUCUGAUAAAGAAAAGCACCAACCUUUGUUGAGGUGCUUCAGCUAUGAGGAGAUUUCAAAAGCAACAAACAACUUCCACCCAGAUAAUAUGGUGGGACAAGGGGGGUAUUCAGAAGUAUACAGAGGCCACCUUGAUAAUGGACAGAUAGUAGCAGUGAAGAGGUUAGCUAAAGACAACGCGGAUGAAAACAAAGAGAAAGAGUUCCUUAUUGAGUUAGGCAUAAUAGGACAUGUUUGCCAUCCUAAUACUGCAAACUUGGUUGGCUGCUGUAUUGAAAAUGGACUCCAUUUGAUCUUUAACUUCUCUCCAAAUGGAACUCUGUCAUCUGCAUUGCACGGUAAAACAGGCAAACCUUUAGAAUGGCCAGACAGAUACAAGAUUGCCACCGGAGUUGCAAGGGGUCUGCAUUAUCUUCAUAAAUGUUGCAAGCAUCGAAUAAUACAUCGCGACAUAAAAGCCUCUAAUGUCCUUCUUGGGUCAGAUUUCGAGCCACAGAUUUCGGACUUCGGGCUUGCAAAAUGGCUUCCUAACAAAUGGACUCACCACUCUGUGAUUCCCAUUGAGGGUACAUUUGGAUACCUGGCCCCAGAGUACUUCAUGCAUGGAAUUGUAGAUGAAAAGACUGAUGUUUUUGCAUUUGGGGUUCUGCUUUUGGAGAUCAUAACUGGCCGAAGGCCUGUGGACUCAUCAAAACAAAACCUUCUCCUAUGGGCAAAGCCUCUUAUGGAGUCUGGAGACAUUUAUGAACUAGCAGAUCCUAAAUUGGGAGGUAAAUAUGAUGUGGAACAAAUGUACAGACUAGUCCUCACAGCUUCCUAUUGCGUAAGACAAACCUCAAUAUGGCGUCCAUCAAUGAGCGAGGUGCUGGCGCUUCUAACAGAUGGUGGUGACUCUGCUGUUGCAAGGAGAUGGAGGGUGCCAAAAUAUACAAGUGAUGAGAUGGAUGAAUACUCCAUGGUUUUUGGUUCUGAUGUUCCAACAGAUAUAGUUUUGGAUGAUGAUUACUGAGUAUGCUGAAAAUUUACCUUCUUUUUUGGCUGUUUGAUCUUUUAGAUUUCUUGUGGUGUAGAAGAUGAUAGAUAUGGCUGGGCAGUAGAUAAGAGGCAAUAUCACUGGUUUUCUUCUAUUAACUUAUAAAUUUUAAAGCUUUGGAUUGACUCUCUAUUCUAA